CACACUUUCGGAGAGAUAAUAACCGCGUACUCUGACAGGAUAUUGUAGGUCCGUCAGCUUUCCCGACGAGCUUGCCUCGGCUUCUGAACUACAAUUCCCAGAAUGUAGUGCGGGGAAUUCCGCCCUUGGAGCUAAGAAAGACGGAGCAGUCGGCGGGCAAUCUGGGGCUUCUGACAGCCGGGGCUGCUGGUUGACACGUUCCGUUGUUUCCCGGGCGCGUCCAUGGAGAGCUCUACGGCUACCUUCACCCUGGCCUACGUGGUGCUAGCCGUGUGCUUCGUCUUCCCACCUAACGAGUUCCAUUUGGCUGGGUUGACGGUGCAGAACCUGCUGGGAGGCUGGCUGGGCAGCGAAGACGCGGCCUUCGUCCAGUACCACCUGCGGCGGGGCACCAGCACUCUCCUGGCUCACGCCCUCCUGCCCCUUGGUUACUAUGUUGGCAUGUGUUUUGCCGCACCUGAGAAACAACUCUGCAGUUUUUAUCAGGCCCCUGAAAGCUGGAAAGUCUUUUUCUUGUUGGCUGUUCUUGCCCCAACAAUUGUUGGUAGCCUAGCAUAUUACUGGUCAAUAAAUGAUUGGAAUAACCAUCCCCUAGUCAAGACAAUUUCCCUUUAUGCCCUCCCACAGUCAGGUUGGAGGGCAGUGGCUUCUUCCAUCAACACAGAAUUCAGAAGGAUUGACAAGUUUGCUACUGGUGCCCCUGGAGCCCGAGUAAUUGUUACAGACACCUGGAUAAUGAAAGUGACUACAUACUGCUUCCAUGUUGCCCAGCAAAGGGACAUCUAUCUCACCGUGGUAGACUCCAGACAGCAUGAACUCUUGCCAGACUCGAAUAUGCCUGCACAGUUCCUCACAAUCCGUGUUGCAAGUGUUAAUCUUCAUGUGAAACCUUUUGAUAUCCGGCUGAAUUCAACAGAAUACGGGGAACUGCGAGAAAAGCUCCAUGCUCCCAUUCGUAAUGCUGCUAAUGUAGUAAUACAUCAGAGCCUCAGUGACUUGUUUCUAGAAACCUUUACUUCACUGGUAGAGACUAAUCAGACAUACUCUGUUCCAAGCAAUCAGGAGCUUGACCCAUGUGUUGGAUGUAUGCAAACUAAUGCAAAUGUCAAGCUUUUGAAGAACUGUCAAGAGCCAAAUGAAGGAGAGUGCCAACAAUGCUACUGUCGUCCCAUGUGGUGCCUGACGUGCAUGGGUAAAUGGUUUGCCAGUCGGCAGGACCAGCAGCACCCAGAAACCUGGCUUUCAAGCUGUGUGCCUUGUCCAACCUGCCGAGCCAAAUUCUGUAUUUUAGAUGUUUGUGUUAUACGAUGAACAGAUCCUAAAACACUCUAUCUUUUAAUCUGUGUGUACUUCAACAGUGGAUGAAUGGCAUAUCCAUCUGUUUAUUUUUUGCUAUUCUGUUCGUGGGGACUUCUCUGUAGUGCCAUGCUAGUCUUCGUAUUUUUGCCUUUGUUUAUUUUUCUUUUGUUCAAACAUACUUUUAAUUGCUGUAACAAAACAACUGAGUGGCAUUUUCACCAACCUUUGUGACUCCCUUCAGUUCCAUUAAAUCUUGGGUAAUAAUCUAGAACAGGGGUGGGGAACCUCCUUCCUGUGGGCCAAACAUGACCCGCCAGGCCUCCCCAUUUGGUGUGGGGUAUAUAAGAGUAGAGUUUCCAAGGAACAAUCUUGCAAUAAUAUAUGUUCUGUUGGCUUUUCUCCUUUUAAGGUUAAUUAAAUAAAAUGGAUAAGUAACAUUAUUGGCCAGGAUUCUAUAAACCAUGGAGCAACAAGUUCUAUUCAGCAAGGAACAUAAAAGUUUUCCUCUCAGUAUCAUAUAGUCUGUGGGUCACUACUUUGUAAUGUUUGUUGCCCAAGCACUAGACGAGAUUAAAAUGAGACACCAGUUAGAUUAAUUGUAUGUGAGAUUAUACAAAAUUAUUGACUAGAGUGUGUUAUCUUGUCUUACACGUCUUAUGUUGUCACUAAGAAAAAGUGAAGACAGAACUAGAUUUUAUGUCUGGGCCCAACUCCAGUUUCUCCAACCCCAACCCCUAUUUCCAAAUACGUGACUACAUAUCCAGUGCAGUUAGGUGUCCCCAAAAAGUGGCAUUAAAAAUGUCUGAGCUUUUUCAACAACAGAAUUGGUUGCCUCAAUCUAUAUAGAAAUACUAUAUAGUAAUUGUGCCAAUGGCUUAGUACUAAAGCAGUAUGUUAGCAAGGCAAACAUUCUUUAAAAUGUAGAGGUUAACUUCACUAUAAACCAAUAUGCUAUUGUAGAUCAGUGUCCUAAAAUACAAUCCUAUAUUGCUUUGUAAAUUAUUAAACUUUAUGGGAUGUCUGUA